CAGCAUGACGCAGGAGAGCUGCUCGUCUGCUCCGCUCGACUCCGCUCAGUGGGACUCGGAACCGCAUACAACAACAUGCAGGAUGGCAAGUGUGGAGACAGCCGCCGAACACGAGCGCAUUCUGCGGGAGAUCGAGAGUACAGACACCAACUGUAUCGGGCCGACGCUCCGGUCGGUGUACGAUGGUCAGGAACAUGGGUUGUUCAUGGACAAGCUGGACGCACGCAUCAGGAACCAUGACCGAGAGAUUGAGAAGAUGUGCAACCAUCACUUUCAGGGGUUUGUUGACUCAAUCACUGAGCUGCUUAAAGUACGAGGGGAGGCCCAGAAGCUUAAGAGUCAGGUGACUGAGACCAACAGGUGUCUCCAGGAUGAUGGCAAGGAGCUCAUGGCUUCAAUGGAGGAGCUGCAACAAUGUAGAAUCCAGCAGAGAAACAUUGCCACGACCAUCGAUAAACUGACACACUGCCUGCCAGUGCUUGAGAUGUACAGAAGACUACAGGAACAGAUGAGGGCUAAAAGAUACUACCCAGCAUUGCGCACAUUGGAACAGCUGGAGCAGACAUGUCUUCCCAAGGCGGGCCAGUACCGCUUCUGCUCCAUCAUGGCGGAAAACAUCCCUAAACUGAGAGUACAGAUCCAGGACACUGCCAUGACACAGCUGAGAGACUUCCUGGAGAGUAUUCGAAAACACUCUGAUAAGAUCGGAGAGACGGCCAUUAAGCAGGCUCAGCUUCAGCGCUCCAUGGACAGCUCGGUCGCCAUGCAGCACAGGGCUCUUAAUGGCCGACGACAUCGAAAAGAGGUGUUCGCUGGUGGCACAGUGACGCAGAGUGAUGGGGAGGGAGGCAGCCCACUGUCAGAACAGGACUCUGGCAUUUUGGAUGUGGAGGAUGAAGAGGAUGAUGAAAUGCCUGGAGCACAAGAUUUGGUGGAUUUCUCUCCAGUCUACCACUGUCUGCAUAUCCAUACUGUGCUGGGUUUGCGUGAUGUGUUUGAGAACUACUACAGAAAGCAAAGGAGGAAACAGGCUCGCCUUGUGCUGCAGCCCCACUCUAACAUGCAUGAAACUCUGGAGGGAUACAGGCGGUACUUCAAUCAGAUUGUUGGGUUCUUUGUUGUGGAGGACCAUGUCCUUCACACCACACAAGGCUUGGUCAACAGAGCUUACGUGGAGGAGCUUUGGGAACUGGCACUCUCUAAAAUAGUUGCAGCACUGAGGACUCAUUCUUCGUACUGUGAUGAUCCGGAUCUGGUGCUGGAUCUCAAGAACCUCAUUGUUGUUUUCGCUGAUACACUGCAGGGUUAUGGCUUUCCAGUUUCACAGCUCUUUGACAUGCUCCUGGAGAUGAGAGAGCAGUAUGGAGAAAUUUUGCUGAAAAGAUGGAACAUCACUUUUAAGCAGGUGUUGGACCAGGACAAUUACAGUCCAAUUCCUGUCUCAACAGAAGAGGAAUACAAAAGUUACACUUCCCAGUUUCCUAUGCAAGACCCUGAACUGGACAAGCUACCCUUUCCUAAAAAGCUGCCUUUCUCAGAGUUUGUGCCAAAGGUCUACAGUCAACUCAAAGAGUUUAUCUACGCCUGUCUGAAAUACUCAGAAGACCUUCAUCUCAGUUCCACAGAGGUAGACGACAUGAUCCGCAAGUCGACAAAUCUGUUGUUGACCAGAACCCUAAGCCACUGCCUGCAGUAUGCCAUUAAGAAGAAGAAUGUCGGACUGGCAGAGUUGGUGCAGGUGAUCAUUAACACUACACACCUGGAGCAGAGCUGCCACUUCCUCGAGGAGUUCAUAUCCAACAUCACUAAUGUUCCUCCUGACACAGCAAACACCACCAAGUUAUAUGGGACUUCUACAUUUAAGGACGCCCGUCACGCUGCUGAAGCAGAAAUCUACACUAGUCUGAAUGCCAAGAUUGACCAGUUCCUGCAGCUAGCCGAUUACGACUGGAUGGCCCAAGUGCAGACAAGUGGCUCUCUGGAACCGAGCGACUAUCUGAUCGACUUGAUCGCUUUCCUGAAUAGCACCUUCAGCGUCUUCACCAACUUGCCCGGAAAGGUGGCUCAGACGGCUUGCAUGUCGGCCUGCAAACACAUCUCCACCUCACUGAUGCAACUCCUGCUGGACACUGAGGUCAAACAGAUCUCCAUGGGAGCGCUGCACCAGCUAGAUACUGAUGUCAAGGAGUGUGAGGGUUUUGCCAGAGCCGGCCCGGUCGCAGGCUUCCAGGGUGACACGUUGCUUCUGGCCUUCAGUGACUUGAGACAAUUCCUGGACCUUUUCACCCUCUGGGAUUGGUCGACAUAUCUGGCUGAUUAUGGCAAACCCACCUGCAGAUACCUGAGGGUCAACCCAAACAAUGCACUGACCCUGCUGGAGAAGAUGAGAGAGAGCAGCAGGAAGAACAACGUCUUCGCACAGUUCAGGAAGACGGACCGAGAUCGGCAGAAACUCAUCGACACCAUCAUCAAACAGCUUCGUAAUCUCAUUGUGCAGCACCAUGCCUGAUGGGGUCUGAGUUCACAGCUUCCUUCUUGGAUUCAUUUAAAGCUUCCGACUGUUUAAUGCACCUUACUGGGCUGUGUUGACCUUCCAGACAGCCACCUGGGCGCAAUGGCUUUGGGUUCUGACUUGAGCAGCCGAGCUCGCUUGUUUGUUACAUCAAGACAACAAAAGUCAACUGCAUUUGAAACAUAUGUGAUCUAAUUUGAAUUUCCCCAACUUCCGUGAAAGGUUUUAUGAAGCAUAUUUCUGCUCAUUUUGAACCGAGCUCUGAUAGUAGUUUAGAAAAAAUCCCUUUCUGCGAGUCGGCUGCUCUGAGGCUGCAUUCAUUCGUUGGAUCAAGACAAGUCAGCGUUUAAUUAGGACACACUUCAAACACUGCUUUAAUGACAACAUACUGGACCCAACAAGAUCCCCCACGAUUGCGAAACAAUUCAGAGGUGAAAUGUAAUUGGGACGUUCCAACGCUAACGAGGAACAGUGUUCAACCCCAAAGUUAAACUAACAACUUCAGCCAGAAUCGGUCAAAUCCCACAGUCAUAAAAAAAACAAAAAAAAAAUACAUCGAGCUGAACUUGAACGCUACAAUGGAAAACUGUCCAAACAAAUGUGUGCAGGUGCUGUUGUUGGACUAAACUAACAAACAGAACUGUCCCGCGUUGUCAUCGUGAGAACUCUGUCUUUUCAUUUGCUGGUUGUAAUUAGAAUUAAAAUAUUGCAGAUGUUUCUUCAGCGUGUGUGAGGUCAACGUCCUGUUUCAUCUCUGUCCUCUCUGUGGAGCAGCAUCAUACUGUAGUGGACGGACCCCUUACUUUGCAUGCUCUCCUUCCGUUGAUUUUGUCGUGUGGAAAAGACGUUGUACAAUAAAAUCCACACCAAGUGUUUGAUAAUACAAUGAACACAAGGACUGUAUUUUGCCCUUCAUUACCUACUUUUUGCAUUAUUUUUAGUUGCCUCAUCAUUGAGCACAUCGCCUGUUGAAACAAACCUCUAUUUAUUGCACACGUAAAUUCUGAACUGGCUAUGUUAGAUUACACGUGAAGCCAAGAUGCGCUGUUGACCAUAUCGAUUUGUGCUGAUAUUCCACCAUGCUUGCGCCGCAGUGUGUCUAGUGAGCCCUGCUGCGGCUGACCCGCAACAUUAAGAGUGACCUUCAGAGAGCUCCUGUACAUGUCACUUUUUAGACCUCGAUUCUGUGUGUGGUUUUUGAACUUGAGCGUGUGUAGCUGUUCUUGGAGUUAGCAGCCCUGAAAAAGGGGGUUUAAAGUCCACAUGGCAACCCAUUUCCUUGUCUACUUGAAGAAGCAACACUGCUUUUUUCCCUGUCUUCCCAUUUUCCCUCAUAAAGCACAUUAUUUUAUUCAGGAGGGGUUUUUGCAAAUGUGACGUCUGGUUACUAUUAAACUUUAUCUAGCUCUGAUGGUAGGAGGUUGUCGCAUAAUUUACUAAAUAUCUCAUAUGAAUGUCUUAAAAAGGGAGAAUAAUAUUUUGCUUGUCGAUAUAUACGACACAUAAUUGUACUAAUAAUGAGCACACAUGUAUCUUCUCUAUAUGCUUUUGGGUCUGAACGAUUGGUUGUUCCAGCUAAUGAUUUCUUUUGAAAAUGUUUUGGUUGAAUGUCCUCCUUUCUUCCUCAAACUGGAUGCAAUAGUAAAUGCUGUGCGGGUGACUCCAAGCACAGAUGUUGUGUGGAACUUUACAAAGGGAUUGUGUUGGAAUUAUUUACUCCUCUGUUCACCUCUAUGCACCAGCACUGUGAAUUGAAAGUGUUUGUAUGAGGAAGAGUGUGUUUUAUGUCCAUCCUUUGCAGAAUUGUCACUUUUAGGUGGUGGUUUUUGGAGACUUGAUUGAAUGAAUAUGCCAUUUCAGUUUUGUUGUUGCCCAAAAAAUAAGCAGCAAUUAUGUGACAUUUGGACUCUCGACGCUGUUGAGAUCAUUUUUUAGGUCAUGUAUUGAACUCUUAUGACGUCUGGCUACUCUAAACAUCUCGUAUGUAUCGCAUAAUUUAUUUCUUUGCGCGGCUGUGUCGAGGGUUCCUGGUGCACACUUUGCUGCUUGUUUUGUUGGAUCCUCUCACAGAUGGAAGCACUGCAAAUGCUGUUUUAUUAAACCACUAAUGAACUUGAGUAAAAUACUAAUAAAGUUGCAAGAAAAGUGGAGCAACCUGUUUCUUUU